GAAUGCGAGUGUUUCACCCGAAGAGGCGCUGAGUGGAGAGAUGGUGGAGUGGAGAGAUGGAGCGGAGUUACGGGCGUCAUGAGUCAUGGCCGUCCUGACUCACAUGUCAUGGUGCGGUCUUUAGGACCGAGGGGAGGAGCUGCUGUCCGGUGUUACACACUCCGAAGAGACCGUGCGGUGGGCUCACACACACAGCGCUCCCACUCGCACUCCCACGGUCUGUGUGUCCUCCUCCCUCGCAGACAUCAUCAUCCGCGAACCCGCUGAAAUGGACACAGAGCCGCAGCGGCGGUGCGCGAUGAACGACGGAUGUCCGUGAAGAAGGACCGCGCCGCCGCUUCGUUCCUGGCUUGUUUGUUUCUUUGCUGCUUUAUUUAUUAUUUGUGUCAUCCUUGACUUGACGCUCAUCCUCAGCGCACGCGCCCGGCGCGGGGACGUCCGUCACGCCGGAUCGCGGGACUUGGAGUGUAACUUUGACUUUGAGCGGAUCCCGGGGAUGUAAAUGCAGAGCGGUCAGCGGCGCGCGCAGGUGUCUUCUUUGCCGCGGAGCGAGACCGCUGUCCACGACGUCCAGCGCGCGCGGUCUGCCCAUGGUUCAGAGGCGGGACACUCAGCACGCAGAGCUCUUUCACCUUGGAAGGACGCCGCCUCCUGUGCCCCCAUGCCUUCCCACGGGCCUCUGUGAGAACGGCCUCUAGAGAGGAACGGAGGGACACGUCUGCACCCCGUAGCCAUAAAGGAUGGAGAGGCCACCAGAGGAGCAAGGUACCCCAGAGCUGCGGAGUUGCAUCAUUGGGGAGUCUUCAGCAAGCUGCAAGCGAAAUGGGCUCAUCAACACCCGCAGCCUGAUGUUGGAAGCCAAGGAUGGCCUGGUGUCUGUGUACUCGGCCCCCCAGUACCAAGGCCAUGUAGUGGUCAACCUGCCUCCACAGGAGGGCUCCCAGGAACGGGACGGCAAGGGUGGUGGCCCCCCGCAGCUGCUCAACCCUAGCUCCCUGCCCCAGGUUGUGGAGCCCUGCUUCCGUCCCAAUCUCAUAUUGUGUUCAGAGAACAUGCUUAAAGCCUGGGGUGAGGGGGACUGCUGUGAGACUACCUUCAUUGAGGACCUUUCUCCUGCCUCGAAGGAGGGGCUCAUGUUUGCUGAUGGCAAGUUCCUGGAUUUGUCUGCUGAGGAUGCCAAGAUCCAGACCCUCUCCUAUGAUGUGGACGAUGAGGACGAGUUCCGGGAACUGGAGAGCGAGUACUCGAGUGACACUGAAAGUGAGGACAACUUCCUCAUGAUGCCCCCCCGGGACCACCUGGGCCUCAGCGUUUUCUCCAUGCUCUGCUGCUUUUGGCCACUGGGGAUCGCCGCUUUCUACCUAUCCCACGAGACCAACAAAGCCGUGGCCAAGGGAGACUUCCACCUGGCCAGCUCCAGCUCCAGGCGUGCACUUUUCCUUGCUGUGCUGUCCAUUACCAUCGGCACGGGCAUCUACGUGGGCGUGGCUGUAGCGCUUAUUGCAUACCUCUCAAAGAACAACCAUUUGUAAUUUUCCAGUCUCUUCUAGCCUCCCCCUGCAGUAGAGCGCUACUGUUCUGAGUUGGCUGACGUUGGAUGUGAGGGCUUGGCGUGUUGGAAAAAAUAAAGGAUCUCAAGGAUUCAAGACAGGAUGAUCAAAUCCCCUUUCAUGCAUUUUCUUUGUCAGAGAAGGAAGCUGACAGGAUAACCCUUUUGUUUGUAUUUUAUUUUGUUGUUCUUGUUGCUUACCAUAUGCAUAAAGAAACAUAACAUGUCAUGGCUCCACCAAGACCCCACUGUGCCAGAACAAAAAUAAGUCCACACCACGUUGCAGACCCCACCACCUUCUUUCUAGUUCGUACAAGAAGGAAGGCGGUGUUUGUUAUAUUCUUUUUCAGUCACUGAAACAAGAAAGGCUGCAGAGGGUGUAUUUUUUGAGGUUCUUCAGUUUUAAUUGCAAAUAAUUCAUUUUUGGCUGUUAUGUAAGACUCUAGAAGAGGCGGACUACAAUGGUAGUACUGAAUGUAUACGAGAACCUUCAAAGGGCCGUGGAACUUAGACCAGAAACCUCCAUCUUGGAUGCAGAUCAUGCUGAGCAACCAACUGUACCACUGCAACCCUUGUCGGGUAAAAACAGAUCCAUUUCCACCACAGAACCGGAUCAGACAACUCCUGCGACUCAUAUCGGAUCCAUGUGUAUUUUUUCUUCCUGAGAAGGGCUGUGCAUUUACCUUUCUGCCCACCAGCAGACACCCUGAUCUGGAUGAGUACAUUUACAUUUAUUGAUUUAGUUGAUGCUUUUCUCCAACGCGACUUACAGUGUUAAGGUA